AUGCAAAAAGUCGUCCCAACUUAUGUUUCACAACUCGUCGAGGGAUAUUUGCAAAAGAUUCAAGAGGGAGUUCGAAUGAGAGCUUCAGUGAGUCUCGUCUUCGAUAACGGUUAUUAUAUUUUGGUGGACUCACCCUCGGCGACUGAUGUUGAUGCUAAAGGGGACAUGCUCAGAGGGUUGACUCAAAGAAAUCUCGCUCCGGGAAACGUUCAGCUAAUCGUCACCACCCACGGUCAUCCUGAUCAUUUUGGUCAGGGGAAUUUCUUCCCGAAUGCUCGUCAUUUCUUCGGCAGCUAUGAGUAUUCUGACGACACCUACAUUCAAACAGAGCUCACCCACAAUGAUAGCAUGAAGAUCACGCCAAACGUCGAGCUAUGGAACACGCCAGGACACACGAAUCAGGACAUUUCCGUGAUUAUACGAAAUGUCCCAUGUUGUGGAACGGUUGCUGUUGUAGGAGAUCUCUUCUACCACGAGCAAGACGCGAUCAACGGAACUGACUGGUAUUCGGAUGCUUGGAAUCCACUAAUUGGCAAAGUCAAUCGAAACAAAAUUGUUUGCUCAUCGAACUACAUUAUUCCCGGACAUGGUCACGUGUUUAGAGUUACUGAAGAGAUGCGAGUUAACGCUGAUUGCCCAAGUAAUUCUACACUCACCUCCACCUCGCCUCAUGUUGAUAUCACCACUCUUAAAGGAAACCAACUCCCCACUCCUGCUCCAGAAAUUCUCACCAACGACAUUUUGAGAGGCGUCAGAAACAAUGCAAAAACAACAACAACGACAGCGGCAACGACAACGUCGAGCACAACAACAACUACGCCUAAACCGACAACGACAAUUUUAUUUUCAACUUCAAUCAUCUCUACGACACCAAUCCCAGCCAAGUUCGAGAAAGACACAAUCGCUUCACAAAAAUCUCGGAAAGAUGUGGGUGAAGUGGAGAAUCUCGACGCGAUCAUUAUGUUUCCAAGGACUGAUUUUUGGGCACCGGCUGCGAAAUAUCUUCAACAAAUCGCUGACGCUUCGACGAAUGCGAUACAUUUAGUCAUGCAGACGCCACCAAAGAAAAUGAAUAAUGAUAUGAACGCUGGAAUGAUCGUUGGAACGGCGAAUCGCCAAGCGAAUCCCGCUUUGACACAAACCGUUUUGGAGACAGCCGGCAACUCGUAUUUAUUGCCACAUGGAGCUGCUCCAUCACAACAAAAAGAAAAAGAAAAGGAAAAGGAAAAGGAAUACCCGCCAAUUCCAAUGGACGAGGUGCACAAGUACAUAAAAAUGGAGAGGGAUGGACGGGAUCCAAGUCUAGUAAUGCCAGUUGUCGAAUCGGCUGCAGUUCAGCUAGCGAAAGCGCUCAAUAUUCGAGUGGUCAAUGGAGACACUUUGUAUCCAUACAGUGACUUCUGGAGAAAAACCUUCAAUAAAUUAGCGCACGACCCAGCCUUCCAAUACUAUUUCCGGAAUCCAAAGAAUCCGGUGGCAAAACGAGCGGCUCGUGAGGCACUCAUCGAAUAUUUAAACACUGGCCGGCCCAAGAAUACUCGGAAUUUG